CUGUUCUUUGUUUGUGUGUUUGUGGAUAACCAUGAGUCGUCCAACAUUUGAUACUAAUGCUGCUGAAGUUUACAGAACUUCCGUGGAAAUGGAAGCUAUUGAAAGAAGAUCAGAAGAAGAAAUACAACAACAAAAUGAUCAAGGAAAUGACCCAGAAGCAUUGAAAGGUGCAGUAGAAGAAGAAAAGAAAAAGUCCAUAGCUAGUUAUAUUCGUUACAAUGCUUUUGGAACUGCUAUGGGUUUCUUUGUCAAUGGAUAUAUGUAUGACAUUUCUACUUAUAUUGUUUCUGUCUAUACCGAUGUCUUCCCUUCUUUUCGUCAUGAUGUAUUUUUGCAAACUGCUAUAGGAGUAUCGAUGUUAUAUGGAGUAAUGUUUGGACUAUUACUAUUUGGAUUCAUUGCCGACUACUUUGGUCGUAAAAAAGGCCUCAUCAUGUGUUCUUGUUUGGUGUUGCUUGGAAAUAUCAUUGGAGUGGCUUCUCAUGGUACAAGUGUUGUAGGAGGUAUAUGGAUGAUGAAUAUUGGACUUGGAGUAGCAGGAUUAGGUAUGGGAGGUGAAUAUACUUGUAAUGUUCCAAAUGCUAUGGAAGACAGUGAGGGAGUCAAUAUUAAAACACGUGGAAGAAGAACUUCUAUGUUGGUCAUGUGUAUGGAAGUCAUUGGAAAUUAUAUGCCAUUUGUAGUGCAAGUCAUCAUUAUUGCAGCAGCUUGUCGAAAUGCAUAUCUUGGAGCUGCUGCUCAUUGUCAUUAUGAAAUUGUAAAGAGAGUAUCCUUUGCAGUAGCAACUAUUCCAGUCAUUUGUGUACUUAUUUAUCGUACUAGAAUGAGAGACUCGGAAAUGUUUUCAAGAGACAAACAAAGAGGCAAAUCUCGUUAUGAUGCGAUUGAUCUUUAUAUUGUCAUUCGGCAUUUUGCUUUUCGUUCCGUCGGUGCAGUUCUCAAUUGGUUCUUGGUAGAUUAUAUCAAUUAUAGCAUGGGUACUUUUGGUGUUAUCAUUCUACAAUCAGUCAUUGGAGUAUCUUUGCUCAAGUCACUAUGGAUUACUUUAGCAGAAGGAGGUGCUUAUCUCAUUUGGCUUCCAUUUGUUGCAGCAUUUGUCGUAGACCGUUUAGGAAGAAGAAAGACAGAAGUACUUGGUUGGGCUUGUUUGUCAUCUGCACAACUUAUCAAUGCUGGAGCUUUUUGGCCGUUGAAAAGACAUCCCAUAGGCUGGAUAUUUUGGAGUACUUUUGUAUUCGGUUUUCAAUACUUUGUGUUUGUUCCUGUUUAUUUGAUUCCAGCAGAAGCAUUUCCUACCAAGAUACGAGCAACUAUGUAUGGAGUUUCUUCCUCUUUUGGAAAAUGUGGAGGAAUUGUAGGAACUACCAUCUUUCCACAUAUGUGGGUAAACUUUUCUGGUAGUGCUCAUGAAGAAACGUUACCGGCUUUGAGAUUGACUAUGUGGUUUUAUGCUGGAUUGGAAUAUUUAGCUCUCAUAUUGGCAUUUUUCUUUGUUCCUGAAUAUUCUCAAAAGUCAUUGGUUAAAGAAGAUCAAAGGUUCUAUGAAUUGAGAAGAAGAUAUGCUGCUAGAUUUGCAAAGAGAUUGGAUAUUAAUGAUGAAGACUUGAGAGAGGAAUCUCUGAACUAUAGCUUUUUACAAAUUCUCAAAUAUCGAAUAACUUCAUCUUCAAAGGAGCAGUUUCGUCAACAGUUGAGGAAUUAUGCAUCCACUUUGUGUCGUGAGAAUGGACUCAAGAGUAGAAGUAGAAUUGAUUAUGUUGCACAAUUGCCAAUUGACUACAAUGAUUUAACUUUGUUUUCACGUUUGGUGAGAAAGAUAAGAAUGGGUAAAGAACAAUGUGCUAUUUAUGAAAAGAACUCUGAAGAGAUGGGAUAUUAUGAUCCAUCCGUAGAGGAAGCGGAGUUUGAAGAUGACAUUCAUGGAAAGCAGAUAAAAGAGGAAGAGAUUGGAAACCAUGAAAAUUAUUCCGAUUGGUCGACUACCGAUGCCAUCGUUCAUAAUGAAGAUGCUAAAUGAGGUUUCUUAUUGGAAUUUGGUUUUGUGUGAUGAAAUAAAUGAAUUCGUAAUGAGUUUUAUUGCUUGUUUACAUUUUAGAAUAUCACAAAGACCCUCUUGUCAGUGGCUAUUACACAAGAGAAGAAGGCUGCUUUUCCCAUAUGUUGGA